UUUGAAACUGAAGCAGUCGGCAAGGUCGAACGCUCAACCUACUUAGUCUUUGCCGUCCAAACUGUACAAAGAAAGGAUCACUAACAGUAACAAUACAAUCGUUGUUCCAUCGCUCAGCUCGGAAGGCAGUAGUUCAUGAAAGAAGUAGCAUACUUUUCAUCAGGUACUUAGCGAAUAGAAGAUAUUCGCGAAAAACAUCAUUGACAGUCUUCUAAUCGAAUUAUUUGGAGCUCAUCGCAAGUGCAUAGGAACUAUCGACGCUGCCUCUGCUGAAACACUAGCAGCCGCAGUAUUUAGAGUGCGGCAACUUGGACGAGCAAGAUAAUUCUACGCCAUGGCUUUCCGUGCUACGGACCCGCCGACCCGUCACUCGCUGCAGGACUGGCACGGCAGCAACGCAUACCAGUACAACUCGUCGGAGCGCGAGCGCACGCAAGCCGAGCGAGCGCGCGACGAGCACGAGCGACUGCGCCAGGAGACGCACGAGCGCAAGGAGAGGACGCAGGCGGACGUGUCGAAGAAGCUGGAGCAGCGCUUGAAUGAUGUCCGAUACUGGCAUGAGGAGGUCACACGCAAGGAACAUGACGUCCAGCAGCACGUUCAGCAGGCGGUUGCCAUGCUGACGCGCCUCCAGUCGGCGCUCAAAGACACCGAGAUGCCACUGGAGGCCAACCAGCGAUGUCUUGCGUACAGAGAGCGACGGCGUGGCAUCGACCUGGUACACGACAACGUGCAGGUGGAACUCCUCAAGGAGAAGGAUACGCUUGAAGGCAUUGCAUCCAUGCUCAGGAAGACAAUAUCACAAGUGACUGAGCAGCUCAGGCUGCUGCGCAAGAGCGCGUUCGACCUCAACAAAGACCUAUCGGACAAGAACAUGGCACUGUCGAUAGACAGCGAUUGCCAGAGGCAGUCGGAAGGAACGAUGCGUAUGUAUGGCAACAUGCCCCAACAGCCGAUCAUCGAUUCCAAAUCGGUUGCACCGCCGGAAUGGGAGGACUUCAGCGAUACGAACAUCACCGCAGCCGAGCAACAAUGCCACGCGUACGCCAAGCUGGGCGCUAUCGCCGAGGAUAUCCUGAACGAAGCUCACGCCGACAUCAACAGCAGCCGACGGGACACGAACAGGGCGUUUGAACUGCGUAUCGACGAGACCAACGAGGCAAAGGUGAAGCUGGAGACACACCUGCAGCAGGUGGAGGAGGAACGUUGUGCGGUUGGCAAUGACAUCAACGCACUGCAAACAGCCGCACAGGAAAAGAUCCCAGCCUUGCAGCUAUCCAACUACAGAGUCUCACAGCGUGGGGACAGGCCCAACAUUGAGCUGGUACGGGAUCCAGUCCACUACCGGCUCAUCGAGGAAGCGGCGGAACUCGACGACAGCAUUCGUCAGCUGCACCGGGCCCACGCCAAGGCUGUGGUACACUACGAGGCGCUGAUGUCCCGACACGUGGCACUCAGCGAGGACAUCGAGACCAAGGCGAUUACGCUGCGUAUAGACAUCUCUGAGUGUAUGGGCUUGCGAAAGCAACUGCCCGAAUUGUGGACUGGCCAGUAAUGGAAGUAACUUUAGAAACCCUGUUCUGGACAAAGUAUUGUGCUAGAGUGAGUAGGGAUAUAAUCAAUUUGCGUGUGUAUGUGGGGGGGGGGGGGGGGGGGGGUGCGUGCGUGUGUGUGUGCACAUGUACGUGCGUCUGUAUGCAUGUGCAUGCAUCCACUACCUCUUAUACGUUUUCCAUUUCCUUCUUUCUCCGUCUGGAUUCCUGCAUCAUGCAGUAGUACGUCAUGUUAAGCAAUCUAACAGUGUAACACUAAAGUAUAAUAUACAAGCACCUGUACCUAGAGAAGAUUUAUAAGCAGGGUGUAUUUUUUCAAUAUUGUUAUUUUCUUUGUUAGAAGUGAAAGACGCUCUUAGCAUCGUACCGUCCAAAGCAUAAUAAUUAUGACAUAGCAAACAACAUCGUGUCUUUGGGCCUAAACAUAUUGCUCUGGGGAAGAAAAUAUUACUUUUAGUAAUGACAACAUAUUGUUGACUGCUCUUGUCCAUGUAGUCAAAUCGAUUAUGUUGACAUUGAAGCUGUGUUCUCCUUCUUGUAAGUUAUGUUGGUCACAGUGGCCAUAACAAUCAA